AUGGUGCAGCAGCACCAUAAUCAUCAUCAACAGCAGCAGCAACAACAGCAGCAGCAGCAGCAGCAGCAGCUUACAGAGCAGCAGCAUUCCCCCCGUAGCAUUAACAUUAUCUAUCCACCCCCAUCAACAGCAGCAGCAGCAGCACCACAACCAUCACCAACAGCAGCAGCAGCAGCAGCACGAGCAGCAGGAGCAGCAGCAGCAGCAGCAGCUUACAGAGCAGCAUUAUCUAUCCAUCCUCUUUUGGGGUGUCUAAACCAUCACCAGAACCACCAUCAACAGCAGCACAACCACCACAACCACCAUCACCAACAGCAGCAGCAGCAGCAGCAGCAGCAGCAGCAGCAGCAGCAGCAGCAGCAGCAGCUUACAGAGCAGCAGCAUUCCCCCUGUCGCAUUAACAUUAUCUAUCCAUCCUCUUUUGGGGUGUCUAAACCAUCACCAGAACCACCAUCAACAGCAGCACCAGCAGCAGCACCACAACCACCAUCACCAACAGCAGCAGCAGCAGCAGCACGAACAACAGCAGCAGCAGCAGCAGCAGCUUACACAGCAGCAGCAUUCCUCCUGUCGCAUUAA